CGCCGCCACCCAGCUGCCGCCGCUGCUCGGACGCAGGCGGGGCAGAGCCUGCCCGAAUUCCCAAAAUGAGCUGAUUAUUCGCUUCCUCCGCUGCAGAUUCUGGGCGGCAGGAGGCAGCCAGGCCCCUUCGAGGCUGGCCCGGAGGGGCCAGCGGCCUCCCUUUUCCCGGCUUUCUGGAAUUCAGUUCAGUGAGAGGAGGAGCUCAGGGCUUUUUUCCUGGGAUCUGCUUCAUCUUUGGCCUUAGCCUUCAGGUUUCGAUCAGCCUUUCCAAUACACGCAUCUGGUGAAUGGUUUUCCAGAAAUAAGCCCAUCUGGAUCUCGGAAAGUCGGCUCACUCAAAUUCCAGUGUUUAGCCGGAAAUGAACUUGUGGACACGUCAUAAGCCUAAAUCCCUUGCCCACCCAUCCCCCUACUGCCCCCUCCCAGGCCCGCGGCUCGUGAGAGGUAGCAAAUGAGGGAAAACUGGUGUAAAGUGGGCAUAUUUUAAAUUACGCUCUACGCUCUCUGCAGCCGUGGAUGGCUGAUGGAAUUUUGAGCUCAUGAGGCUAACUAAUCCUUUGGCACCCAGGCUUUUGGAAGAUGCUCAUGGUGGCAGUGUGCAUGGCCCUUCUGGGCUGCCUGCAGGCCCAGGAGCUCCAGGGACAUGUCUCCAUAAUCCUGCUGGGGGCAACUGGGGACCUCGCCAAAAAAUACUUGUGGCAGGGACUAUUCCAGCUCUACCUGGAUGAGGCAGGGAAGGGCCACAGUUUCAGCUUCCAUGGGAGUGCUCUGACGACCAGCAAGAAGGGCCAAGAGUUCAUGGCCAGGGUCCUGGAGUCCCUCUCCUGCCCCAAGGACAUGGCACCCGGUCGCUGUGCUGAGCUCAAGGAUCAGUUCCAGCAGCUGAGCCAGUACCGCCAGCUGAAGACGAGUGAGGACUAUUUGGCUCUGAACAAGGACAUUGAGGCACGAGUCCAACAUGAAGGCCUCCGGGAGGCUGGCAGGAUUUUCUACUUCUCGGUGCCGCCCUUCGCCUACGCAGACAUUGCCCGCAACAUCAACAGCAGCUGCCGUCCAGGCCCAGGCGCCUGGCUGCGGGUUGUCCUUGAGAAACCCUUUGGCCAUGACCACCUCUCAGCCCAGCAGCUGGCCACAGAACUUGGUAGCUUUUUCCAAGAGGAGGAGAUGUACCGGGUGGACCAUUACCUGGGCAAGCAGGCUGUGGCUCAGAUCCUGCCUUUCCGAGACCAGAACCGCAAGGCCUUGGACGGCCUCUGGAACCGGCACCACGUGGAGCGGGUGGAGAUCAUCAUGAAAGAGACGGUAGAUGCAGAAGGUCGCACUAGCUUCUAUGAGAAGUACGGCGUCAUUCGCGACGUCCUGCAGAACCACCUGACGGAGAUCCUCACCCUCGUGGCCAUGGAGCUGCCCCGCAACAUCAGCAGCUCGGAGGCUGUGCUGCAGCACAAGCUUCAGGCCUUCCAGGCCCUGCGGGGCCUGCAGAAGGGCAGCGCUGUCUUGGGCCAGUACCAGGCUUACAGCGAGCAGGUGCGCAGAGAGCUGCAGAAGCCAGACAGCUUCCACAGCCUGACGCCAACCUUUGCAGGCAUCCUCGUUCACAUGGACAACCUUCGCUGGGAGGGCGUCCCUUUCAUCCUGAUGUCCGGCAAAGCCUUGGAUGAGAGAGUGGGCUACGUUCGGCUCUUGUUCAAGAACCGGGCGUAUUGUGCCCAGAGCGAGAAGUACUGGGUCACAGACCAGAGCCAGUGCCUGCCUCGGCAGAUCGUCUUCUACAUCGGACACGGCGAGCUGGGCAGCCCUGCCGUGCUGGUCAGCAGGAACCUGUUCAGGCCCUCCCUCCCCUCCGAGAGCUGGAAGGAAGUGGAGGGCCAGCCCGGGCUCCGCCUUUUUGGCCGCCCUCUGUCCGAUUACUAUGCCUACAGCCCUGUGAGGGAGCAGGACGCCUACUCCAUCCUCAUAUCUCAUAUCUUCCACUGCCGCAAGGAUUCCUUUAUCACCACGGAGAACUUGCUGGCCUCCUGGGUCUUCUGGACUCCCUUGCUGGACAGCCUGGCCCACGAAGUCCCACGCCUCUACCCGGGAGGAGCUGAGAAUGGACACCUGUUGGACUUUGAGUUCAGUGGCAACCAAUUAUCCUUUUCCCAGCAGCAGCUGGAGCAGCUGGUGCCAGGGCCAGGUUCUGUGCCGAUGCCCAGUGACUUCCAGGUUCUCAGGGCCAAGUACCGAGAGAGCCCACUGAUCUCGGCCUGGCCCGAGGAGCUGAUCGCUAAGCUGGCCAACGACAUUGAGGCCACAGCUGUGCAGGCGGUGCGGCGCUUUGGCAAGUUCCACCUGGCACUCUCGGGUGGCUCAAGCCCCGUAGCCCUGUUCCAGCAGCUGGCCAUGGGGCACUACGGCUUCCCCUGGCCCCACACGCACCUGUGGCUGGUAGAUGAGCGCUGUGUCCCGCUCUGGGAUCCCGAGUCAAACUUCCAGGGCCUGCAGGCUCACCUGCUGCAGCACGUCAGGGUCCCCUACUACAACAUCCACCCCAUGCCCGUGCACCUGCACCAGCGGCUCUGCGCUGAGGAGGACCAGGGCGCCCAGCUCUACGCCAAGGAUAUCUCAGCCCUGGUAACCAACAGCAGCUUCGACCUGGUGCUGCUGGGCAUGGGCACCGAUGGGCACACAGCCUCCCUCUUCCCACAGUCGCCCACCGGCCUGGACGGCGAGCAGCUAGUGGUGCUGACCAAGAGCCCCUUCAGGCCGUACGAUCGCAUGAGCCUCAGCCUGCCCCUCAUCAACCGUGCCAGGAAGGUGGCAAUCCUGGUCAUGGGCAGGAUGAAGCGUGAGAUCACCAUGCUGGUGAGCCGCGUGGGCCACGAGCCCAAGAAGUGGCCCAUCUCUGGUGUCCUGCCUAUGUCUGGCCAGCUGGUGUGGUACAUGGACUACGAGGCAUUUCUGGGAUGAGGGCGCCGUCACCCUUUGCUCACCCCGUGCCUUCUUUCACCUGUCCUCUCCCUCCAUUCUUAGUCCUGCCACCUGCUCGAAAGCCCUGGCUCUCUGGAAUCUGAUGCCUCAGGGUCAGGGCCCCAGACAGGGAAAGCAGAGGGAGAGACGAGGCCCUAUCCCAAUCCCUUUGACAGUCCCUGUCUAGUUGUGAUGAGUAGACACAGAAACAAGGAAGAAAUGGAAUCUCUGCUCUUGAGAAGCUUCCAAUCUAAGUCAGGAGGGAAAUAUCCACCUUAAGAAGAGACCUGCAGCAGUUACACAUUAACAUCAACCAGCACAGAGUAAGACGGCAUGAGAGCUCCCAACUUGAGAAGGAAGCCUGGGGUGAGGUUAAUCAGGGGAGGGUUCCUUGAGGUGGUGAUCCUUGAACUGGCUCUUGAGGAGAAGAAGAGCAUGGACAGUAGAGAGAGGGGGGAGAACGGGCGUCCGUCGCUGCAGGGCCCCGUGCAGGGCAGGGUGCUGGAGCUGUCCGGAGCUUCGAGCUGCUUGAGCCCCUCCUUCCUCUGUCCGUCCCUCCUGAGCCCCUGAUGUUCAGCCUGCUGUCCUGUCCUCCACGUGCUGCCUCCACCUGCUCCAUGUCUCCGGGCUCCUUUCUACUCAGUCCCGAUGGUAGAGGUCUUCGUCUCCUCUCUGCUUCUUCACUGUCCUCAUAUUGUCCAUUUAUAGACAGAUGAAGGGUGAUAACGGUAACAGCAACAAAUACUAGGAUGUUAAAACAGUUCCAAGAAUCUGGCAACUGUCAGUGGAGCUCCCUUUCUCAUUAGAUGAACUUUUCUACACAGGGGUGGGGGGAGGCACUAGUUCCCUGGCUUCCUCGGGGAGGACCCCUGGCCCUGCCCUCGCUCUUUUCUCUAGCCAACUCCCUCCGUGUAACACACGGGGCAUCGAUGAUCUGGCCAUUCCAGGGAUCCCUCAGAAGAAGGUUCUUUACAUCUCAGGGGACUUCCCAGUGGAUGUUUCCGCUCUCAGUAUCCCCUCUUGUUUACCAGGAAAGAUCCAGUAUGGUGACAACUCAUUUGGGGAGAGACAUGUGACGUCAAGUGAGCUAAACCCUCCAGGUGCUCAGAUCAGACCAGACGGGAGCCGGGCCUCCUCGGCGGACCAGCUGCAGCUCACAGGCAGCAGUGGCUGCUCGCAGCCUUCUCAGGGACUUGGCCGAUUUGCAGUGCCAGGUUGGGGCAGGCUGCAGCCCGCCCUUCUCACACUGCCUCACGGCGGCAUUGAGCCUGCCAUCUCUCACUUCACUGCUCUGCACUGCCGAAGCUGUGGGGAAAACAAGCACGUAGCUUCUCUUUAAGAAUAGGUUGAGUACUCUGCUCCUGAGAAGCCAUGGGCCACUAAUACCUGUUUUCCUGAAACCAAGGGAGGUCUUUGAAGUUCUUAAAAAAAAAAAAAAAAAUCAAAGUUCUCAGGACACAUUUAAUUUUUAUUUCACCUUCCCGUGCCGUCGUGCCUCCAAGAUAUGAGUAAAGGAAUGGCAGAUUUUUCCAUGUAACUGCUCCGCCUGCCUUAUAGGCACACUUUGUAUCAGGCAGGUACGAGGGGUUGAUAUCACACAGAAGGCUUUCCUUGGUGAGGAGGAGCGUCACGAAAUUUAUUUCUCUACUUCUGAUUGUUUACACUUUCUUCAAGGCUAGAAUUUAAAAGAAUUGUUGCUUUCACAAGAUGUGCUCACGUGAAUGGGCGCCUGAGCCUGGGGCUCUCUGUCUGAAAGGCACUCUUGUUAAAAAUUCAGCUUCUUCCGGCCUCCAGAACAACUGGGUUGUUACCCAGUCCAGAGAGGACAUCUCUUUUUGUGCCAAGAGAGCUGACCUUGGCAGAACAGACCACCGUGCCAGGGUUGGGAAGCCUCCUCCCUUUCUAGGGGUCAGCGUUUCAGCUUUUUUGCAUCUGGUGGGCCGAUGCUCUGGAGCAGACACAGGUGGUUGCAGUCUCAGUGCCACGUGUGGCCACGUGGGGGCGCUCUUGCACCAUCCCUGCAGUCUCGACGUCUGACUGCGGAGGACUCUCCCCUGUGACAGGCUCCUAUGUUGUAUUCUUGCAUUUCCGUAUUCUGCCUGCCUAGUCCCUGGGCCCCCAGCACUCCCCUAUCUGUUUAGGAACUUCUUCCUCUGCAGCUGCAACACCAGAGAGAAAGGGACCCCCCACCCCAUGCCCAAGUAUCACUCCAGGAUAAAGGGCGAGCAGCCUCUGAUGUCACCGUUUCUGAGUAAUGGUGAGUCACUGUGGGCCUGAGCUGGAUGUCCUACUCUCAGAGGAGUGCCUUGCCUCAGAAUGCGCCCUUCAUCUGUAGAGAGUGUGGGGGUAGGCGUGGGGGCAGAAAGUGCCAAAGCUAAGAUUUCCAGAAUCCCGUGCUGUCUUAAAAUCACCUGGAGAAGUCUGCUGGGAGACACCAUCGAUGUUCCUCUGCUUCCCGCCCGUGCCCUGCGCUACGAGGGAGAGAGUCUCAGCACUGGGCCACCUAGGCCAGCAGUUUACAAACUCUUUAGAUCCUGAUCCACAGCAAGAAACACUUUACAUCACGAGUCAGUGCUCACAUUCGUGCUUAUAUCUGUCUCAAACGAAAGUUUCAUGAAGGAAUUCUUAGCCUUACAACAUGAGAUACCCUCUAUUUUCUCUUUUUCACAUUUAAAAAAAAUGUUGUUUGUAGUCUGCUAAAUUGGGUUGAUGCAUAGUUUGAAGAACACUGCUGUAAUCCAACUUCGCCUUGUUAUAUAAGCCAAGGACCCCGAGGCUUAGACGGGAGCCCGUGUGCCCAGCUCACACAGGGAAUUCGGGACUUGCAGGGGUGAUUGUGACGUGUCCUUUACAGAGGGGUUGAUAAGUACCAGGCUCGAUACUAAACGUUUUGCACUUGGUCUUGUCUUAUCCUUUCAACAUACUCUGAGGUAGAUGGAGGGAUCCUCAUUUACUGAUGAUUUUGAAACUGAAACUGAAGUUGUCUGAUGGCAACAGGCCAGUUGUUCUAAGCCAGGCUUAGAACCCAGGUCUUCAGGAUGCUAGACAUGUGCUCCCAGCCACCUACAGUGCCACCUUCCAGGGAGCCUGUGAGUGCCGGUGCCACGGUGGUUACCCAGAGCCCAGCUUCCCUGAGGGGGGGGGGGAACUUCAGGUCAGAAGCCCCUGUGCACUUGUAAAAGGCAGAAGGGCCCCUCCUUCGGGAGACCUCAUCAAAUGAGCGUCUCUAGAGCAGCAUUAUUACCAUUUGUUGUAGGGAAAGAAUUGAGGGACUUUCCAGGUUGUUGUAAGCUAGAUUCUGAUUUUGAUUUAGAAGCAAAGUUUUCUGCUAACCACAAGUUGAAAUAGUCUUGUUUUGUUGAUCUUCCCUGCUUCUUGUUUCUCUGUAGACAGUGCUUUAUUCCCACUCUUGGGCCUCCAGUUUAGCAGCAUAACCAGAGCUUUCUGCCAGUGGACUAAUAUUUCAGAAUUCCCCCUCCAGGGUUGUCAUUACAGAAUGUGCAGGCUUGGUCUCCCUGGUCCGGGGGCUCCCUCCUGCUUUGCCUUGCUCCCUCCUUUCCCUGUUUGUGCAGAGAGCCCAGGCAGAGAGCUGGGGACUGUGGCAGAGAAAGGAAGGGAGAAGCUUCCACAAAAGAGGUAGUUCCCUACAAUUUAGUUUUUAGGAACAAAAAUUUUUUUCUACGAAAACAUAUGCAGCUUCACCUAAGCAGCUUCUGCAUCAGCUUUACCCGGGUUUAUUUUCAUCUUAAGCAGAUGGGGCCCUGCAGACCUUGGUCCCCUGGUAGAGAAGCUACCUGGCAUCAUGUCAGUGUCAGAGAAUGAACCAGUCACAGGAAAGGCCGGUGGUGGCACAAGGGUGAGAUGGCCAUGGCAGGCCAACAUGAUCAGCACCCACCUGCCCCGCAAAAGACAGACUCCAGAGGGGGCCAGGGCCUUGAGAAGGCUGCUGCCGCCGGCAUCACAGGCGUCAGGCCCACGAGGCACGUCCGCCCUGGCUGUGCGCUUGCUGAACUGAGGAAGGUCUGUCUGCUGCAGUGUCCCCCUCCCCACAACUCCCCUACAGCCUCGGUGCUGCAGCCCGUGCUCAGGUGCUGCUCGCUUUGUUCAGGGCGCAUUUCUGUGGGGAAGAGAGAGUUCCUCCCACCUCGUCAGCAUUUGGCAGCUGAUCAGACCCGAGGGCAUCUGGACCGGUCAGGUCGAGGUAAGGACGGCUCAGGUGGUGUUGCCCAGCCCUCGGGGGCUCUGAGCACUUGAAUUGCUGUAGUUGGAGGUGCAUAGUUGGAAGUGCCGGUUUAUUCCUUUAAUAGUCCUGCCUGCUCUCAUCCCGCCUGCGAAUGUCAGCCCGGGCGUCAAUCUCUGGUCCUAUGUCCAUCGUUCGUUGCUCGCUUGGGGGGUUUGAGUUGGGUGCUGGCAUGUUGUUUGUUUCUUAGCCACAUGCUGUGGCAUGAAAUAAAACCCCUUCCUGCCCUUUCUGCUCCUGAGCAGAACGCCGCCUCCCGUUUAGAUCAGCUCCCCGUACACAGCAUGAAGCGAGUGGGAACCCAAAUCAGCAUGUGUUCUUGGAAGCCGUGCGAUCGCAGGUGUCUUCCAGGAGCAUCCACGGACCCUUCUCCAGAGGCGUGCGCUCCAGACCUCCUCCAGUCAGCAGCUCGAGGUGGGGCGUGAGUGAGAAACUGAGGAUUCCUCAGCUCAGUGCUAAGCAAGGUGCAAACUUACUAAUGCUGUCAUCAGCGCAAGGCAGAAACAGCAAGAGGUUUGAGGAGGCAUUUCUGAAAUUAUAGCAAGCUGGAGGAAAAUGAUCCCUUUGAUGAGGCUUCCUCUCCAGCCGAUUUCAGGAGUGCAUCUGUUUGCAAAGCAAGUCCCUGGGGAUGUGUAUGUCUGUGUGUGACCCGUAGCUGGGAAAGGGCAGAGAUCUAAAUCAGUUAUGCUACUGCUUAUUUGAUUCUCAAGGAUGGUCUUUGUUAAGACCUGCAUCUCUUCUCUGCAUCUUUUCUGUCCCUCUGGCGUGGGGAGGUAAACACAGUUUCGUUUGCUGAAAGCUGUAUGGAAUAUAUUUGAACGGCUAGUAGUUAGCCUUGAAAGUGGAAAUAAACAGAACUACAGAAAUAUGUCAGUUUGGGUCCUUAGCUGUACCCCCCACAGAAGUCUAGAAGGGUCAGUUAUAAAACAUUAUGAGGUACAUAACUAUGAAAGGAAGGGACCCUGGAUUAGCUGGUAAUCGAGGACCCAGUUUGCAUCCACUUCUCUGAGAUGUGACCUGUACGGUCUGUUCAUCCCAGUCCCGUCCAUUUGGAAGAACAGGGGUGAGAGCAGACACAGCAGGGCCUCUGCUGGGUCCACAAGCUGUUACUGCCCGUGCCUGAGUGAAGGGCUUGGUUUCCAGCCGGGAAGGCCAAGUUGGUAUGGUGCUUAAGGGCUGUGGCCAGCAAGAGACUAGAUGGGGGUUGUGGGGACAGCCCUGAAAUCAGGAUGUGUUGCAAUCUAGAUCGUAUCCCUGCAUUCUCUGUCCCAUGCUGGGAGACUCAGGACUGGGCUUCUGUCAGGCCAGGAGAAGAGAGACGGGGAAACUCCUUUCUCAGAGGGACCGUCUGUUCCCUUGUACGGUGGGGAGACAGAGGGCAUGAAAACCACCCCCUGCCAAGCAGCAAGAAUGUGCCCUGCCUUUUUGCAGUGAGAAAAACUGCCCCUGGUUUUUAUGGAAAUCUCUGACACUUAAAGAUGCCUCAGACAUCUGAAUGCCUCUGAAUGAGACACAUUCAGAGCAGAGUUUUUAAAAUGCAUUUUGGUAUAUCAAAUGUAACAUUUAUUUUUUAAACAAUAAAAUUGUUUUGCCAAAA